CAACCGCCACGGCAUUCAUUCUAGUUCCGAAACCGUUUGCCGUGCCACGUGUUCGCGAUCGUUCUCAUUCGAUCGGAGUGACUGCCGUUUGAGGAUUAGUGUGUGCAGAAGAAACCAACGGAUAGAAGUUCCUUUUUGUAAUAAGAUCAAGAAACUAAAAUCCAUUCAAGAUGUGUGAUGAAGAUGCUGCUGCCCUCGUUGUUGACAACGGAUCCGGAAUGUGCAAGGCCGGUUUCGCUGGUGAUGAUGCCCCACGUGCUGUUUUCCCGUCCAUUGUCGGCCGCCCACGCCACCAGGGUGUGAUGGUCGGUAUGGGUAACAAGGACUCGUACGUCGGUGAUGAAGCCCAGUCCAAGAGAGGUAUCCUCACCCUAAAGUACCCAAUUGAGCACGGUAUCAUCACCAACUGGGAUGAUAUGGAGAAGAUCUGGCAUCACACCUUCUACAAUGAACUGCGUGUUGCCCCAGAAGAGCACCCAGUUCUGCUGACUGAGGCCCCACUGAACCCCAAAGCCAACCGUGAGAAGAUGACUCAGAUCAUGUUUGAGACAUUCAACUCGCCAGCCAUGUACGUUGCCAUCCAGGCUGUUCUGUCCCUGUACGCCUCCGGUCGUACCACUGGUAUCGUUCUGGAUUCCGGAGAUGGUGUCUCCCACACCGUCCCAAUCUACGAAGGUUAUGCUCUACCACAUGCCAUCCUCCGUCUGGACUUGGCUGGUCGCGAUCUGACCGACUACCUGAUGAAGAUCCUGACCGAGCGUGGCUACUCCUUCACCACCACCGCUGAACGUGAAAUCGUUCGUGACAUUAAGGAGAAGCUGUGCUACGUCGCUCUGGACUUCGAGCAGGAAAUGGCCACCGCUGCUGCUUCCACCUCCCUGGAGAAGUCUUAUGAACUUCCUGAUGGUCAGGUCAUCACCAUUGGCAACGAGCGUUUCCGUUGCCCAGAAGCUCUCUUCCAGCCAUCCUUCCUGGGAAUGGAAUCUUGCGGUAUCCACGAAACUGUCUACAAUUCCAUCAUGAAAUGCGAUGUCGACAUCCGUAAGGAUCUUUAUGCCAACACUGUCCUAUCUGGUGGUACCACCAUGUACCCAGGUAUUGCUGAUCGUAUGCAGAAGGAAAUCACAGCCUUGGCGCCAUCUUCUAUCAAGAUCAAGAUCAUUGCUCCACCAGAACGUAAAUACUCCGUCUGGAUCGGUGGCUCCAUCUUGGCUUCUCUAUCUACCUUCCAGGCUAUGUGGAUUUCCAAGCAGGAGUACGAUGAAUCUGGCCCAGCUAUUGUUCACCGCAAGUGCUUCUAAGUUAAUCCUGAAGAAUAGGAAAAAGCCAAAGAUCUACACACCUAGACCCAUAGUAUUAUUAUCGUUUUUUCACAAACAUAGCUGUUCACAAAAAUUUAUAAGAAUUUCAGUGAUCUAACGAACAUCCCCAUCGGAAGAUACUAUUCCACAUGUAAGAGCUUUUGGAAAGCUCAUCCAUGAUGGAACACCGAAAACAUAGAAAGACAUCCUAAUUUUUUGUUGUGAUACUUGUCAGCGUCCAAAACGAAUUGGUCAUGUGUUUUUAAACAACGUAUUGAUUUCACAUCAACUUAAUCAGAGUGAUCUCAAAGUUUCUGAAACGGAUAAUUGUACUAUUUAUUAUUAUGUGUAAUUAGCAGAUUUACUUUUAGUUAUAUUUUACAAUCGAAUAAUAAACGUAAGAUCCCUUUUGUAACAUAAA